AUGGAUGAUAUAUUGAGCUCAGAAGAUACUGGCCAGUUAAUUUAUGAAGCGGUGAUAUAUAACAACGAGGAGCUCCUGCGUGAACUUUUAAAGAUUAAUCCAGGGAAAGUGCAUUAUAGAGACAAGUACGGCAAAAGUGCUCUACAUAUUGCUGCACAAAAUGGUAGUGUGCGAGUUUUGGAUCUUUUGAUAAAAGCUGGAGCCGAUGUAAAUAGUAUGGCUGGACCAAAUGCGCUCUGCGCCACUCCUUUGCACAUUGCUGCGGUUGCCGGACGAUUAGAAGCGGUACGAUAUUUAAUUGAAGCUGGAGCAGAGCUUCUGGCUACUGAUCUCAAUGACCAUUGUGCAUUAGAACUAGCACAGAUGUCUAAUCAAUUUGAGACAGCUUGUCUUCUCAUUGAUGCUAUCGAAUUAGAUCGUGAUAGAAUUUGUCAGCUACAUAAUGAUCUCAUUAAAUUCUCAGAAGAAGGUGACGUUAGUUCUGUAAUUAAGAUUUUGCCAAAUCUUUCUGGUGCUAAUAGUGAUGCAAUUUUAAAUGGUGCAACUCUGGAUCGGAAAUCAGCAGCUUGCUUAAAUGGAAGAAAAGAAGUGGUUGAAGCUUUAUUAAAUGUUCGAGGCCAUACACUGAUACAGCCAGGUACUCACGAUACAAUGUUACAUGCUUCAAUAUCAUCCCAAGACCCAAUUAUUGUGGAAAUGAUCCUUAAAGCUUUUACACAUUUGGUAUCUGCCAAAAAUGUCGACGGUAGUACAGCGCUGCAUUGGGCUUCACAGUGUGGUAAUUUGAGUGUUGUCAAAUUGCUAAUGGAAUUUCCUUAUGAUGAGGAUGUUAUUACGAAAAUUGAAGAUGUUUCUGGACGUUUCACUUAUCGUUUUGUAUUGGAUGUAAAUGCACUGGAUUCGCAGUGUCGUACGGCCUUGUAUUUGGCAGUCGCGAAUUCACAUUACGAUGUAGUAAAAUAUUUACUAGAGGUAGAAUUUCCAUCAAUGGACAGUGAUCGCAAAUGUCCAGUUCAAAUUGAUGUGUAUUGUAGAGGUGGAAGGACCCCACUAAUGGUAGCUGCUGCAAAUGGCAAUAUAGCUAUAGUGAAGUUGCUGGUUGACCAUGGCGCUGAUGUGAAUCUCCCUUGUGGACUCACAGAUGCUGACAUCAGCAGUGUUGAGGGGGCUCGAUGUAUUGGCUCCGGUGCUCUUAGUGAAGCUUGUCGAAUUGGAUCUGUCCCUCUAGUACAAUAUUUGUUCCAGCAAGGUGCUGUUGAUCAUGAAAAUAUAGCCCUUUCUACAGCUUUUAAGUUCAAUCAGGAAGCAUUAGUGAGGCUUUUCUUAUUGCGACUUGCAUUUGUGGAUCCCGAAUAUCGAGUUAAUAAGAAAAAUAUGGAUUUUGGACAGAUGUCGAUCAAUCGCAAUUUAUUACCUUCAACGGUUUAUCCUACAACACCUUGCAUGCUCAACUGGCAUAAUGCGAGUUUAGAGACUGUUUCAAAUGAAUGGCUUGUUGCUGCUUCCCUUCAAGUGAAUCAGAGAUUGAGGACAUCACGAAUGGCAUUAGCAGCGCUCACACGAAUUGAUUUAUCAAAGAAUAAAAUGAAGGUGUUGGCUGGACAAUUAUUACAAUUACCUUCAAUAAGAAAUCUCAAUCUAGCAAAUAAUGAAAUUAAAGAAAUUGAACUUCCACGGGAUGGAUUUCAUGCACCGCUCCUAGAAAGCCUAUCACUGGAAUAUAACAAACUUUCCUCGCUACCAAAUGACUUUUUCACGACUAGACUGCCAAUGCUCAGUUUCUUAGAUGUAUCGCAUAAUGAAUUGAAUUCUCUCCCGGAAACGCUGUGGUUCGCACCAAGAUUGCGAGAGCUUAAUGUGUCUAACAAUGCACUUUCUGUAUUACCAGCAGUUGGUUCUUCGCAACCUCGGCCUCCUAGUAGUAUUUCUGGAAAUGAUCAGCCAGAAUCUGUUCACUCAGAUGCACAUACAAAUCAAAGCACUUUAUCUACGGAUGACUCUUUGAGUACUGGUGGACGCAACGAUGAUUCGAACAUUACUGUUCAUGAACUUAAAAGGCACAACGUCUGGCAGACAAGCAUACGUUUAGCUCAGUCGGAUGAAUCUGAUAAUGAGAAUGGGACCGUCUCUUUAUUUUCUACGCUUUCCGUCCUAAAUUUGUCACGCAAUUAUAUUAAAAUAAUGCCAUCAUGCUUAGCAUGCUGCUGUCCAAAGUUGACUAGACUUAAUAUAUCACAUAAUCAAUUAUCAUCUCUCGGUCCAGUAGAAUGUUUACCUUCUCGACUGAGACACUUGGAUGUUUCUAACAAUCAUCUUGUCGCUGCUUUCGAGUAUCCAUGUGCUGUGGAUUUAGCAUGUCAUGCAGUGAAUUCGCAGACAGAUGGAAUUUCAGUUCUGAGGCACACGAGUCCUGCACGUAAUUCACGGUCUCGUUCCAAAUCAGCUGUUCGAAGUCAACGCUCAUUGAGUGUCGCUCGAGUUGGAGAUUUUUUGCAUGAUACAGUUGUUAAUGCAUGUCCUCACAAACAGCAUGCAAGGCUGGAAUCAUUACGAACACUUUAUUUAUCUAACAACAAGCUCAUGGAAAUUCCGCUUUUUGCGCCAAAAUCAAAACUUGCAUUGUCACCAAAAAAGAAGCAACGUGAAAGUCGGCAGAAAAAUUCAGAGAUUAAAAGACAUGUGCUCUUUCCUACAUUAACAACGCUUGAUAUUAGCAACAAUUGUGUGUCAAGCGUUCCCGCGGCGUUAUCAAACUUGGUAUCCUUGUCGGUAUUGAAUCUAAGUGGAAAUAGUGGCAUUGAAAUCCUUCCUGCAGAGCUUGGACUCCUGAGCAAACUUUGGAAUCUCAGCCUAAAAGGUUGCCAACUGCGUGAUCCGCUCAGAAACAUGGUUCACAUAGAAAACUAUAAGACAGUCGAUUUAAUCGCUUAUCUGAAAUCUGUACUGGAAGAUUCUCGUCCAUAUACACGGCUUAAAUUAAUGAUUGUUGGAGUGCAAGGCAUUGGGAAAACAUCACUCUUGCAACAGAUUCGACUAGAAGGCACAGUUGGCAAAAGAAGUCCUCAAAACGAUAGUUGGUCAAAAAGAAUGGGACAUACUUCAGGCAGCUGUGGAGAUCGUACUGCAAAGGGUGUAAACAUUUCUACUGUUGGUGUUGAUAUUGCAGAAUGGACAUUUGAGCCUAAAAAGACAAAGGGGGAAGCAAGUUUUGGUCCUCUUACAUUUCGCACAUGGGAUUUUGGUGGGCAGCGUGAAUAUUAUGCAACUCAUCAAUAUUUUCUUUCUCGACGUUCGUUGUAUGUGUUAGUUUGGAAAGUGUCAGAUGGAGAAGCUGCGUUGCCAGAUUUGCAUCAGUGGCUUGUCAAUAUACAGGCUCGUGCACCAAAUUCCCCCGUAAUCAUUGUAGGAACACAUGUUGAUCAAAUAUUUUCGAAUCCUGAUCGAUUCCCGUUAUCCUACUUAGAUGAUUUGAAUGGUCUUAUAAGAGAACGUUUUGUAAUGGUAUCUGACGCCGAUAAGAAAGGUUUACCAUAUGUUGUUGAAUCACUUUUUGUUUCUUCGAAAACAAAACAAAAUAUUCGAACGCUUUGUAAUUUGAUUUACCGGAUUGCGUAUGAUAUUCGUACUGCUGGUAGCAAAGAGCGACUCUUAGAUCAGAAGAUUCCAGCAUCAUAUUUGGCAUUAGAAAAGAUAGUCGAUGAAUUGAGAGAUGAACGGCGUUCAGCAGGAAUAGAACCUUUAAUGAGAAGCGCUGAUUUUCGUCGCGUUGUACAAGAACGAAUGUUAAAAAACUAUGGCCGCGCCUUUCGCGAUGAUGUUGAAUUUAAUCAUGCAUGUUCAUUCCUUCAUGAGAACGGAGUAAUGCUGCAUUAUGAAGACGUUACCCUCAAAGAGUUAUAUUUCUUGGAUCCUCAGUGGUUAUGUGAUAUAUUAGCUCAUGUAAUUACAAUUCGAGAAAUAAAUCCUUUUGCUCGCAAUGGACUUAUGAAAAUCGAUGACCUUCAAGUGUUGUUCAAAUCACUCAAUCUAAGGAGUUCUGCUAUUAGUUUGAGGUCUCACAUCAUAUCUUUGCUGCAAAAGUUCGAGGUUGCCUUAUGUUGGCAGUCACGUUCUUUACUUAUCCCUUCGUUGUUACCGGAUGAAUACCAACUAAGAGGUGGUUAUCCAGGUUCUCGAGUAACGGUACCAACAAAAGCUAGCUCAUGGCAUAUGUCAAUGAAACAAAACGAAGGUGUUCAAAAUCCAACGAAAAUUUCACAUUCGAAGUCACGAUCGUUGUUUUGUCAAUCAAACUUUGGUGAUGUUAAGCAUUUAGAAGCAACACCACUGACAAACUGCUCAGAUGAACGUGCUAAAGUUUCAGUUUUUACUGAUCGAGAUGAGUUUGAUGAUGAAACUAAAGACAUCACGAAGUAUAGAUGUACUGUAAAUGUUAAGUACCUUGAACAAGAGAUUGUUCGUCGGAUAUAUAUGAUGGCUUACGUGCCUUCUGGCUUCUGGUCGCGUUUAAUGACGCGUGUACUUAUGGAUGAUCAUAUCACAAUGUGCAUAGAACGUCUAUUACAAGUUGAGCAUUUGUCUAAGGAUUCUUCAUUAGACAUUCUUAAGGAACUUUGCAAUGAACAGUUUCGGUCACAAUGGCUACUUUGGCAAACUGGAUUUGAGAUUCUGGCAUUUGGAGAAACUUUGUUUACAAUGCGCCAGUUUUUGCCGCUUGCAGAAGUAAAAGAUGUUCACUACGAGUUAGUUGAAUGGCGCUGUUGUGGGGACGAUAGUAAUUGGCAUGUUUUGGAUACAAAUGGUUCCUCUCUACUUGAAAUCAUUAUUCCAGCAGUCAGGAUCAAUUUGGUGAAUUUUGAUACUGAAUAUGUUCUUCGUAGCAACCGUGUUGCAAUGACACGACUUCUUGCUCUCAUUGUGGAUAUUAUGGAUACUCUUUUGGAAGACUGGUAUCCUUUAUUAGGGACACGUUUUGUUCAUACUUCUGAAGGUCGGUUUCUUGUAAAUCGGCUCAUUCCGUGCAUCUCAUGUGCGGCUAAUGCUCGAAGUAGUGAUCAUUCAUGUGAAAAAAAUGCGAAAGCAAGGGUUUCCACACAAUCUUUAAAGGAGUUAAAUGAAACAAAUUCUUUUCCGAAGCAUAUAUUGCAUACUUUUACUAUUGAAGAGUGUAUCCUUUCCGCUCACGAUGGUUUGGAUCUAAAAUGUCCCUUACACUUGGACAUACCUGUAAUGAAUAUUGCUCCUGACACUGUCUUCUUGGAUAUCAGUGACGAUUACCUUAUUCAGCCCUCUUUUGUUAAACGUGGUAAAUUAAUCGGACGUGGUGCAUUUGGAUUUGUAUUCAAAGCUGCUUUGAAAUUUUCAGAUACGAACGUACAGGAUGCUGCAUUGAAAAUGUUGGAGCCAGUAGAACCAGGCUUGGGAGCACGUGCAACAUCUAUUUCAGCAUAUAAAGCAGCCUGUACAAAGUGGCAACGAGAUCCACUACAGAAUGCUUGCCGUGCUUACUGCAACUGUCGACAAGAACUCAAUGUGUUAGCGUCUUUGCAGCAUUCUCAUAUCACUUCACUGCUUGGAGUUUGUCCUCGACCUUUAGCUCUUUUGGUAGAAUUAGCCCCACUUGGUGCUCUGAAUCACUUGCUCAGCAAUUAUCGAAGAAGUGGAGCUCGAUUACAUCUCAGUGUCAUCCAGGAUACUGCUAGUCAGGUAGCUAAAGCGCUUGAAUAUCUCCAUGAACACCGCAUAAUUUAUCGUGACUUGAAAUGUGAAAAUGUGCUCACUUGGCGAUUUCCUCCUCCAUUUAGUAUUAUAACAGAUGUCCAUGUUAAAUUGGGAGAUUAUGGCAUAUCACGAAGCUCGUUUCCUUCGGGAGGUGCAAAAGGAUUGGGUGGUACUGAAGGUUUUAUGGCUCCUGAGAUAAUGCGAUAUAAUGGAGAACAAGAAUAUACGGAAAAAGUUGAUUGUUUCUCAUUUUCAAUGUUCUUGUACGAAUUAAUCAGUUUGAAGCUUCCUUUUGAUGGUCAUGAACAGCUGAAGGAGUACAUUCUAGAUGGGGGACGGCCACAACUCACUCCUUCUGAAUUAUUAUACCCUUGUAAUGUGCUUGAUGUAAUGGUUGUAUGCUGGGCAGCGCAACCUUUUGAUCGUCCUUCAGCGUCUCAGAUUGUGUCCAUGACUACUGCUCCUGAAUUCACUCAUCUUUUGGAUGUUAUUUCGUUAAAUGAUCCAGAUUCAUCUGUUAAUGCCGGUUUAUCUUUUCCCAGAUGUUUUCAACUUUCUGUUUCAUCAGCUUUUGACGAUGUUGAGUUGGGUUUCGCAGUUGAAGAUAGCAUUGAAGGAGAAGUGUGGAUGAGUAGAUCUGAUGGAUCUAUUACUGUUGUUAGCUGCAAUCAGUAUGGAUGGUUAGAUUCCAAGAGUAUCGUAUUAGGGAUGGACAAAACAGUUGUGUUAGCUAUGUGCUUGGUUAAUGAUAAUGUCUGGCUUGCAGAAUCAACGGGAAUGGUGCGCAUUUACUGUCGCUCUUCGUACUCUGAGCUUUGGUCGUUUUCAAUAUCACGUUUUCUUCCCACAGCACACUUAUCAAUCAGCGUUAUCUCACUAUCGGUUUUCAGUACAACUCCGCUUUUAGUACUUAUUACUCUUCCUUCUGCUUUGUUGCUUGUUAAAGGAGAUCGGACAACGAACAAUCCUUUUGUUUCGUCUGUAGCCCUUCAUACUAUAUAUUCAUCUGCUGUAAUUGAUUUUGGUACAAAUGCUAGGCAAAUAUGGGUAGGUCAUGAGGGUUCUUCCAUAUCUGUUUAUAAUAUAACAGUUGAUAAUGGGUUCAUGAUUGCUACAGACAUGUUUCAUGAUGAAAAUCAUAGUACGAGUAACAGUGCUGUCACGCAUUUAAUAACUUGUACUACAGACUCAAGGCUUUUAUGGUCUGUUCUAUCACAUGGCAGCAAGGUAUACCAGUGGUCAACUACUUCACGAACAGUUCAAAACCGCCUUGACGUUCGCAAAAUUUUACCUUCUUCUGAGUCAAUUUCAACUUUGGACAUUGAAGCUUCUAGAGAUGGCUAUGUUUCUGCACUUGCUUUGCUUGAUAGAACGGAUGGGGCUCAGCUUUACAUUGGUACGAGCCGAGGAGCAAUAAUUGUAGCUCAGGCUGUUGAAAUGAGGCCACUUGCUGCAUUUCGACCAUAUAUGGAGGACGUACAUACAAUUAUUGUACUGGAUAUGGUUUCAGCCUUGAAUGAAUUCAUUCGAACUCGUCGUGAUGGUUUUAGUAUUUCAAGUAUAGGAGGGCGAAGUUUUGGUGCCGCUAGUGGAAAUAGCAGCAGUGAUUUGCUGGAGACUGUAAGUUGGGUAAAAGAUCGAGUAUCAGAAACUGUCAACCGUUUCAGACAGGGUACCACUGAAACUGUAUCAUCUGUGAACAAUUUUGUAGUAACAGUUGGGAACGGAUACAGGUGCUUGAUAGAUCGAUUCACCGAUAGAAAGCAUCAAGGAUCGGCUACUCGCCGUCGAGAAUCGCAUUGUGCUAUCAUAUGGCGUACGGAUGAAUGGGUUUCUUGA